CAAAAAAUGUCCUCGCUGGUGCUGAGGAGCCUCUCGAUACUGCUCGGGUUGUUCUUCAUCUUCAUCGGCAUCAUGAAGAUCUCGCCACACCUCAGCAAGGACCUGCAUCGAGAUUUGCGAAAGAAUUACGUCAAAUAUGCGAAAGUAUUUCCACUCUCGACACUGCUGGAGUUCAAAAUACCAUCCAAAUGGUACCGGCGAUCGGUCGGUGGCCUGGAGGUGCUUUGCGGACUGGCCAUGGUUCUCAUUCCUAGCCAUAAAAUUAAAAACGCGGCCAACAUCACACUGCUGCUGCUCAUGUUCCUGGCCGUCUACUCGCACUACAUGGUGAGCGAUCCGUUCGAACGAUCCGGCCCGGCGCUGGUGUUUACCUUCAUGCUCAUAGGUCGGCUAGUGAUAUGGUAUCAGGCUAGCCGACGGGAGGCAGCGCUGGCAGCUGCUGCUCAGCCCACCGCCAACGGACUGAAGCAGGAAUAAGGGACUCUCUGACCGUCCUGCCGGCUACUGAUCUCAGUUCCCUACCGUACCCACUAGGAGCAAACUCCACUCUCUCGAAGGACACACUUGCUGUAGGCAAAUGCCAUGCAACGAGCAAUGCAAAGCUACAACCUCACACACAAUCACAAACUCACCUACUAGGCGCACAACAAAGAGGAAACACAAACCAAGGAAUAGAAAAAAGAAGACACACAAAUCGAACGAUCGAAGGACUGCACAGGAUCAUAUGGAACGAAAAAUAGUGUGCGUUAUCGUGUCGUCGGAUGACGAAUGCAACGGGCUACUAGAUUAGACUUUUAUUUGAGAUACACCAAAGGUUUUCUAGGUCGAACUUUUAUUGAUCGAAAAUUCUCACACGAAUGCCAAAUUGUGAAAGUUUGCCCGGUCUUUAUGAUUUACAGCGCAACUCACGCCCGCUGUCCAAAUGUAGUAGAAGCGGCGAAUGUACGGUUUCAUUCUACGUCGAUGCAGAAGGUUUGCGAAGUGGACGACGUACCAGCCCGUGGAUGGAGCGAACGUACAAGCAGUAGAAGGAGAAGUACAAGGAACCUUGCACAUCACAGAAGUGGUCCCGUUUUCGAAAGGGCCAAAGUAACCGAAAGCUUGCACCAGAUGCAAGAUUAGUGUCCACGACGUUUGCUCAUUCCGAGCAUCCCCUUUGUGUGUUCUACAAGCUACGAUCGGAGUUCGGUAUGAUAUUUGUUGCGAUUUCUAUACCAUCUUUCUAUUUUUCUUUGAAGACGACGAAGUGCGAGCACAAUUCCUUUGUCCUUCUUCCGGAAGGGAAGAGUAUAGGAAUGUCUUAAGCUGAAACAAGACGAGCGAAAUUUUUCAAUGUGAUCAUAAAUAAAACUAAUGCAAUUCUCUAGUCAGUUGUAUAAUUUUGUUCACAACUUAUCUGGGCACGUGCGUGGAGAGGAAUCGAACAUGGUUUUACUGAACCCCGUUGAUUGAUCGCGAGUUUGGAAAGCAAAUACGAAGCUUUUUCUCGUUCUGUGGUAGCAUUAUUUUUCAACCCGGAACAAGGAAGCAGUUCAGCAGUACUCUACACAAUUUAAUCGAUGUUCAAAUGCCGUUAUAUUUUUUUUUCUUCAAGUUGUAUGUUAUAGAUGUGUAUGUAAUAGUGUUUAAACACGAUAUGAUACAUUUUCCCACGCGAAAAAUUACCAACCCAUGGGAGGAAACAAAUUAUGAAAAACAUUGCAAUGCGAUUUUUACUCACCUUCACGUACAUCGUAACCAUUUGAUUGCUUAUACACACACACAUAACAUGGCACAAACUCGCGGGAACGCGGAAAUGGAUAAAUGCAUAAUAGAUGGAUACAAUUGACAAAAGGUAAUGUUACGCCGUGCGGAAACGGCUCCAUUGACUUGUGCGCAUCGCAUCGUAAGGCAAACUCGAAUGUAAGGGUUCAAAAAAUAAAGGCACUGAUAACGGUAGGCAAAAAGAUUUUUUUAAAUUAACAAUUGCAUAAGACAGCGAAGAAAUAUCAAUCAGCAAUAGACGAAUAGCGUUUCCUCCACGAUACACGUAUCUCCCCCUAAGGAAUGCCACAGAUUUAUAUCAGUAAAACUAUACAGUACAUACAUAUAACAAACACUUUCCAGGGGACCGACAGCUAAAAAAAAAGGUGAAAAGAAAGCAAAUAAA